CGCGGAGCGCGAGGAACCGCCUCGGUGUGCGUCGCAGCUGCUUGUCUUCGGCGGCUUGCGAGGCUCCCAUUAUGGCCAUGGCGGCGGCGGUUGCCGAGGAGGCGAGCGUGACUGCAGCUCCUGUUUCAGGUGCCGACAGCAAUGGUGAGUCUCCUGAAGUCGAAGGAGAAGGUGUUGGCGCAGUGGGCCAAGAGAAGGACGCAGCCGCGAAAGGAUCAGAGGCCGUUGGAGACAGCGAGGAGGACGGGGAGGAUGUGUUCGAAGUGGAAAAGAUUCUGGACAUGAAGACCGAGGGGGGUAAAAUCCUUUACAAAGUUCGAUGGAAAGGAUACACAUCAGAUGAUGAUACAUGGGAGCCGGAGAUUCAUCUUGAGGACUGUAAAGAAGUUCUUCUCGAAUUUAGGAAGAAAAUUGUGGAGAACAAAGCUAAGCCAGUCAAGAAGGAUAUUCAGAGACUGUCCUUAAAUAAUGACAUAUUUGAGGCAAAUUCUGAUAGUGAUCAGCAAAGUGAUACAAAAGAAGAUACUUCUCCAAAGAAGAAAAAGAAAAAAUUGAGGCAUAGAGAAGAGAAAAGUCCAGAUGAUCUGAAAAAGAAAAAAGCAAAGACUGCGAAACUAAAAGAUAAAUCCAAACCAGACCUGGAGAGUUCCUCUGAAAGUUUAGUAUUUGAUUUAAGGACAAAGAAAAGAAUUUCAGAAACCAAAGAAGAACUAAAGGAAUCCAAAAAGCCCAAAAAAGAGGAUACAAAAGAAACUAAGGAAUUAAAGAAAGGUAAAAAGGGUGAAGUCAGAGAUUUAAAGGCUAAAAUAAGAGAAGAUUCCAAAGAAAACAGAAAAACAAAAAAAGAGAAAUGUGUUGAAUCUCCAUUGGAAUCUGAAUUGGGUGUACUUAAUGACUCCCCUUUUCAAGAUGAUGACAGUGAAGAUUUACAUUCUGACAACAGAGACGGGAAGCAGAUUAAAAGUGCAAAAGAUAAAGCAGGACAAGAUGCAGUUCAUGAUGAUUUUGAUAAACCGCCAGAUGGCUCUGUGAGUGCUGAUGAGGACACUGACAUCAAAGCAAGGAGAAAAAGGAAAAAACUGAGGAAGACUGAGGAACAUAAAGAGAGCAAAACACUGGAAAACAGGAACCUUUUCCUAGAGAAGAAGCUUAUACCUAAGAAGCAGAGGAGUCAGGACAGAGGCAAAAGCACCACAGAGUUAGAGAAGCUGACACCUGCACCUGCCCAGACACCCAGGAGUUCAAGAGCAGGUGUGGAAGAGAGGGGCCUCAGGUCCAUUGACUCAGCUGGGGAGGAGAAAGAGAUGAAAAAAAAUGAACCCAAGGAAAAGUACCAGAAAAGGCAUGAUUUGGACAAGGAAGAAAAAGGUCGUAAAGAGCCAAAGGGAUUAAAGACAUUCAAGGAAAUCAGAAAUGCAUUUGAUAUAUUUAAGUUAACUCCAGAAGAAAAAAAUGAUUUUCCUGAGACUAAUCGGAAAAGAGAAGAAACACCACUAGAUUAUAAAAUUACAGAAGAUCACAAAACCAAGGAAAACAAGCAGUUACUUAAAGAAAGGAGAAAUACACGAGAUGAAACUGAUACGUGGGCGUACAUAGCUACAGAAGGUGACCAGGAGGGGCUGGACAGUGUGAGCCAAGCAGAUGCAGGCUCCGAUGGCAGACAGCAGAUUGUGAGUUUGGGCAUGGACUUGCAGUUGGAAUGGAUGAAAUUGGAGGAUUUUCAAAAGCAUCUUGAUGGGGAAGAUGAGAAUUUUACUACAGCAGAUGCAAUUCCAAGUAAUGUAUUGAGGGAUGCUGUGAAAAAUGGGGAUUAUAUUGCCGUGAAGCUGGCACUUAAUUCAAAUGAAGACUAUAACCUGGAUCAAGAGGACCCGAGCGGGAUGACGCUGGUGAUGCUGGCCGCCGCAGGGGGGCAAGACGACCUGCUGAGGCUUCUUCUCAGGAGAGGGGCCAAGGUGAAUGGCAGACAGAAGAACGGGACCACUGCCCUCAUCCAUGCCGCAGAGAAGAACUUUCUAACUACAGUGGCUAUUCUUUUGGAAGCGGGAGCUUUUGUAAACGUCCAGCAGAGUAACGGUGAGACCGCUCUCAUGAAGGCCUGCAAAAGAGGAAAUUCUGAUAUUGUCCGACUUGUAAUUGAAUGUGGAGCUGACUGCAAUAUUUUGUCAAAGCACCAAAAUAGUGCCCUGCAUUUUGCAAAGCAGUGCAACAACGUGUUGGUGUACGAUUUGCUGAAGAAUCACUUAGAGACACUUUCAAGAGUAGCAGAAGAAACAAUAAGGGAUUACUUUGAAGCCCGUCUUGCUCUCCUAGAACCAAUUUUCCCAAUAGCAUGUCAUCGUCUCUGCGAGGGGCCAGAUUUUUCAACAGAUUUCAAUUACAAACCCCCACAGAACAUUCCAGAAGGCUCUGGCAUCCUGCUGUUUAUAUUCCAUGCAAACUUUUUGGGUAAAGAAGUUAUUGCUCGGCUUUGUGGACCGUGUAGUGUACAAGCUGUAGUUUUAAAUGAUAAAUUUCAACUUCCGGUUUUUCUGGACAGUCACUUUGUUUACUCGUUCAGCCCCGCCGCAGGCCUCAAUAAACUCUUCAUCAGGUUGACGGAAGCGCCUUCUGCCAAGGUGAAGUUGCUGAUUGGUGCAUACAGAGUGCAGCUGCAGUGACGCGGCAGGCCGUUGGGAUGGGGUCUCACGGCCCCGGUGUAGGAUCGGGCACAGCUGACACCUGCACAUGGGGAGUUUCAGCUGUAACCCUCAUUCAGGCCAGGUGUCUGUAGGACGGGACUUGGGGGUUCUGACAGAUUCUAAAAUACAGCGGUAUUUGUGCCAGUCUUCUGAAAUCCCGAUGUGGCCUCCACACCACACACUUCAGUUUUUCCACAAUGUGGAAUGGUAUAUAUUCGAUUAUUUCAGAAAAUUAGAAGUCUUUUUUCUAACUUGAAAUUUUCUACUAGCCCUGCUGAAUUUCUGGCAUUGAAAACAAGUCAGUGUGUAUGUGUUACUCAAGUUACCCACGCACUGUUUAGGUGUGGAUUUGCUGCCCUUGCAGGGGGACUUCUCUAACUAGGUAGGCGGGUUCAAGGGAGGUCUGGUCUCUUUGGAAUCCCCAGUUGCCACAGAUCCUGAAUUGGAGGUGACAACUUCGAAUCUGUACUUAUCCUUUAUUCUGGGAAGAGGGAAGUAAAUCAGAAUGUAAGAUAUAGCAAAAGGAAAAAAAACAACAACCAGGAGACCAUGGGGCCUAAAAGGAGGUAUUACUUGUGAACUAACUUUUAUACUUGUUCUGAAAUCCAUCAAGUAGGUUUUAAAAGAGGCAGAUCCUGUGCCCUCAUUAUGAAUGCUGGGAAGGCCAGCCGAGGUGUUUGCCACACUGUGUCCUGUGUGAAGAGUUGUUUCUAGAUUCCCCACAGGUCUCUCAUAUAUUUUUAAGAAAUAUUUGGCAAACUAGUAAGUCAAACUCGAGAGAUGUAUAAAAUUUAGUUCCUGAUUGGUUUUAUAACUGAGUUAAAGUUUUAAUGAAAAGUUUUCAGAAGGUCACAGAUUCGACCACAUCUAUUGUACAGACAUUACCAUAUAAAACUACCUUUCCUAUGGGUUUCUCAAUAAAACCCCAUGAUGUCGGUCUGUUGUCUGUGUACCUCACAGGACUGUGUCAGUCCCAGGACUUCAGGGCAGGUGCUGCUGUGUAAAAUGUUUUAGCGAAAUGACAGCUGGGAUUGGAAUUCUCUCACCUUACUGAAUCCUGCAGUAGUAUUGUAUCUGACAUCACAGCGUUCUAGGAAAAACCACAGUUAGCAGGGACAGCAAAGGAGACACUGCCUUCAUCUAAUGCACACUAAGACAAAUGGAUUUUUAAAGAAAAUUUGUUCUCUCAAAAUCAUGCUGAAGAUCUCAAUUGUCAGCUUUAUAAGCACACAUUAAAAGGUGAUGUACUGUUGACCCAAGAGGCAGCACGAGGAAAGAAACCAACUAGAAUGUCUAACGAAGAAUUCCUUUAGUAGUUUAGGCUCAGAAGUAUGAAAGCUGUUAGCAGUCAGCAAGGAUUUAAAAAAAAAACGAUCUUUAAUAGAUGAACUGUUAAUUAU